CAAAGGCGGGCGUACUUUGUUUUUUCGUACUCAAUUCAUAUUUAAUAAAUCUGCCAAUUGCCGUUCUAUAUAGCCAUCGAUACGAGUGGGCGCGAUAUCUAUCGCUACGUUACAGCAUGAAGCAACAGCAACAGCAACAGCAACAUUGAGCAGCCAUCUGUGCCCCCCCACAGGAGUCAUGGGCUGUGCAGGCAGCACUCCCAUGGUUGCAACGGCGGGCAGCGAAAUGCUGAAAGCCGCCACCCAUGUACGGGAGAAGGGCGAGGCCGUUGUGGAAGAUGCCAGUCAGACGCUGUCGAGCGGCCUGGACACGGCCAAGGAGACGGUGGGCGCUGCCGUUGCGGGCAUUACCAACGAUCUGGGCAACGCCUUCAAGGACGGCACACACGCCCUGGACGAGGCCAAGCACAGGGUGUUGGAGGGACUGCACCUGGAACAGCCCGCAGCCCAGGAAGAGGAGCAGGCGCCGGAGUCUGUCGAGGUCAUGGCCGAGCUGAGCUCAUCGCGAGCUCCAACGCCAACGCCGCAGUUGCAGGCCGUGGAUACGGACAGCCUGAAGACCUCCACACCAGAGCCAGAGAUUGAGCGUGCGCUGGCCAACGAUGAGGAGAGUCCGCCCACGCCGCAGCCAUCGCUGCAGGAGCUGGCACAUCUGAGUGAAGUGGUGGAGGCGAUUACCGAAGCUCACCCAGCCACUGAGGCAGCAGCGAUGCCCGCUCCUCCUGCCAUCGAGGCUGCAGCAGCUCCAGCUUCAGUUACCCCUGCGCCCGUGGAAGGCCGCUGGUUUCGGCGCAGAGUCUCCAGGCAGGAGCCAGAGCCACCUCGGCCAAACACCACCGAGUGGGAAAAGUUUGCCGAUCACCUGGCCAAAAACAAGAGGUACAGACCCUACGAGAGCUUUGCACACAACCAGAACCACUUCUCCGUGUACAAGGAUCACACGAGCCUGCGGGACAAGCCCGGCCACACCGAUGGACACUUUAGUGGCGGCAACUCGCUGUCCAGCACCUCCCAGUCGGAUCUCUCCAGCGGCCACGUGACGCCGGCCAUGAGCCGCAAGGGCCAGCGGGAGUUUGCCAAGUUCGUGGCCUCCGAGGGGCCGACGAGUGUGUCCAGGGCCAGUUCACGGAUCUCGAAUGCCGGCAGCUCCAGGACCUUUGACUUUAAUCCAACACGCGAUCGGAUCAGUGUCUUUGAGGCCAUGAGCGGCAGUCGCAGUCGCAGUCGCAGUCGCGUGGGUUCGGCCAUUCAGAGAGCGCCCGCGGAACGAAUAUCCCUCUGGGGCAAGCACGCUGCCGUCGCCGAGGAGGAGCCACCUCCCACAGGACUUGGUAGGAGAAUGAGCACGGGCAUGAGCAGCCAGAGCGUGCUGCGAGCUCCCACGGAGUACAACAAUCCCUACAGCAUUCGUCGGGCUGUCCGGCCUGUAUCCCAAACGAGGAGCAAUCGGAUGGAAAAGCAAACUUCCUCCGUGACGCCCAGAAAGGUGCAAGCUGCAAAAAGAAUUCCCACCAGCGAUCCAUUGCACAGAGAGGAGAAUACGCCAAGGAGGAGUCAGGAGGAGACUGCAGCUCAGAUACCACUGCCCCUGGAGGAGCCACUAGAGAAGCCACAGAGGAGUCUAAGAACCCUACAGAUUCCUACACCUCUAGAGGAGAUAGCAACCGAUCUCAGCCCGAGUCCCACAGAAGAUGAUUCUUCAAUUCAAACGCUGCCAAUGCAUCAAGGGAAACCCGCUCCACCUCAGACACAAAACACAGAAGCAGCUGCCACACCAAAGAUGCAGUCGUCGACCUCCAAUUGGAAGUCACCUCUUACCCCGAAAGUGCGAACAACUUCCACGCGGAGGAACCAGUCACCCACCAAUGAGGGAAUGAUUACACCUUCCACAUCCAAGAUGGAUUGCCCUUCUACUUCCAGAAUGGAAACACCUUCCACUACAAGAACUCUGUCACCAGGUAGUCCGAGAAUGGAGUCACCAACCAACCCAAGAAGGCAGUCUCCUUCCUCCACUCCAAGGAAAAAUGCAUCUUCCACUCCAAAGUCACCUUCUCCUGCCACCGCCAGGCUGCCCUCCCCAUCUCCCUCCCGCGCAUCGACAGCCAAAUCCUCAGACAGCAGCCUGGACGUGGUUAUCCGACCCAUGAGCAAACUCAACACGCCCAGCACGAAGUCCCUGACGCCCGACCAGGUGGUAAUGACGGAGUACGAAGAUGACGCCUUGGAGGCGGCCCUGGCCAAUUUGCAGCUGUUGCGCGGAUCAACGAUCACGCUCAACUCCCUACGAUCCUGCAGCCCCACCGCCUCUCUGCUGAGUUCGCGAAGGACUUCCCCGUGGGUCAUGCGCAAGGACUAUGGCCAAUCGAAGGGCAAAGAGAACAAACCAUCGACUGCAGUGCCAGCAAGUGCCCCAAAGGCCACCCACUUGAUGCAAACACACGAAAGGUGCGACAUUUGCUCGAAUGAAUUUGUGCUGCAUUGAAGGCUGCAG